CUACCGACUAUUCUCAUAAUCUGAUUGGUUGACGCUCGUUUUGAACUAGUAGCCUUGAUGUUAGCUGCUUCCGUGUGAUUGUUUAAUGAAACUUGCAUUGUACACUCAUUUAUUUCUUAUUAAUUCUUACUUCCGGAAACGUCUUUAGUCAUAGAGAAACGUUUGGAAUAGACGAACGCGAUGGAGUUGACUGAUUCUCUCCAAUCAAAGCUUUCCACCAUCAUGGACACAAUGGUAAUGCCCGCCUUGGCAGAGCUCUGCAAGGUGGUGGGUGAAGAAACGGCCGAGCUUCGUUUGGAACUGGCCCGGCUUCGGACUCUUAACACGGCCCUGACAGAGAAGGUCAACAAGCUGGAUAAUGGGUCGACUGGUGCCGGAAGUGUCGCCUCCAAUUCGAGGAUAAAAUGUGCUGUGGCCGUUCAAACUGAACAAACAGUGGAAGCCAAUGCAGACGAUGGAGACAUAAGAGAGGAAUUGUGUCUUCGCCUGUGGAAAGAAAGAUACCAUUGUAGUCAGAAGGAAGACAAUUCCACAUCUCAGCAAGGAGAAAAGGGUGUGAUGUCUAAAUUUCCUGUGGUUCAUAUCAAAAGGGACACUCAUAUCAGUGACAUUGCCAACCAUCCAAAAGAACAGCAAGAAGAAACAAAAGGCGAUCUCAACAUGGAGGUGGAUAAGUCACCGCAAAAGAGUUUUGAGUUGGACGGUUCAGCAGAUUUCUAUGUAGACACGGAGGACAACUCUAACACCAACCAAAAAUUUUCCUGUGACCAAUGUGGCCUGGUGUUUUUUAACAAGGGAACACUGACUCUACACCAAAAACAGCACAUCAUCAACACCACCUUCUGCUUCAAAUGCAAAAAGCAAUUCCUGCACUCAACUAAUCUGAAAUCUCACGUAUGCCAGCCUCAAAUCUCUUUUGUUGACGCUACAAAAACCUGCGAGGUGUGCGGUAAGACAUUUAGCAGCCCUUCUGGUUUAGAGAUGCACAAAGUGGUUCACACUGGGGCAAGGCCUUUUGUGUGCUCCUUCUGCGGGAAAGGAUUCACACAAAAGGGCAACAUGAAAAAUCACAUGCGAAUCCAUACGGGCAAGAAACUAUUUCACUGUACUCAAUGUGACAUGUCAUUCAUGCAGAGUGUUCAACUUAAACAUCAUUCAUUGUUGCAUCAUGGCAGCAGUUAAACAGUCCAACACAGGGAGGUCUUUUAACGUCUAAUUUUUCCAACUUUACUUUGCUAUUUUGAAAAAAAAAACUGUUUAUACAGUUAUUAACGAUCAGUUGGGAAUUUUAUUAAAUCAAGCUUUUGUAUUUCACUUUAAAAAUGUCAUUUAAUUAUACAUUUAAAAAACUAUCGUUGACUUGAAGUUAAUACACAGCGUUAACGAGCGCUUAAUAUCAGGAAGUUAUAUAAACAGGAAGUGUUACGUUGAUUUGUGCAAUUUGAUUGGUUCAGCUACCGGAAGUACGUCUCCAGCUACAUUCACAAGGCUAACGUCGAAAGCUUGAAGUGUCAUGCACUUUUAUGUUCAUGUAAUUCUGCUUAUACUGUUUUGUAAUUGAAGUUUGUAAUAAAAUAUAUAUUUUUAAAAAA